UUUUUCUCACUUCUUAGUAGUCCCUCGCUCUCAUUAUACCUUCCACCCACCUUCAACCAGAAGCAAACAAGCUCCAACCACAAAAUACACUAACUCACCAUAAAGCACCCCCAAAACCAAAACUCAAAAAGUGCCAAAACUUUGGGCACCAAAUUUAUCACUCCUUCUCUCUACCCUCUAGCUCACGGCACACAAACGAUAAAGUAAACCACGCAAACACCAUCUCUCUAUGCUCUAACCAUUUAGAAUCUUCACUUUCAUUUCAUUGCUUUAGAAUUAGCUUACAUUUUAUCCACUUCUCUCUCUCUUCCCCAUUCAUUUCAUUAAGUUAGAUUAGAUUUAGAUUGCAUUGCAUUACUAAGAAAAAAAAAAGUUAACUCGAUUGAUUAAGUAAAGUAUGUGUGGUAACAUCUGAUGUGGCCUUUCUUAAGCAUAGAAAAAAAAAAGAUUACAUUACAUUAGCCACUUCCACUUCUCUCUCCUUUAUGUCUUUAUGCCCAUAGCAUCAUCACCCCAACUAAAACACAGAGACACAAUGUCUCUCUUUCACACUCUCCCAAUCUUCUUAUGCAUAAUCUUCUUCACCAGCACCACUACUUCCACCACUCUCCCUCCUUCCUCUCCAUCAUUCCCAUCCGGUCUGUCGUACCACAUCGACUGUGGAAGUCCCACGAACUCCACCGACCAGUUCAACACGACGUGGCUCUCCGACCGCUACUUCAGCGGCGGCGCCACCGGAAUCGUGUCGGAGCCGCUGCGCUUCCGCCACGGGCACGAGAAGACCCUCCGUUUCUUCCCAAUCUCCUCCGGCAAGAAGAACUGCUACACCAUUCCGAAUCUUCCUCCCUCCCGCUACCUCCUCCGCACAUUCGUCGUCUACGACAACUACGACGGCCGGUCCCACCCUCCCUCCUUCGACGUCGCCAUCGCCGCCACCGUCGUCUUCUCCUGGCGCUCCCCGUGGCCCCAGUCCCUCGCCCGCGACGGCGCCUACGCUGACCUCUUCGCCACUAUCACCGCCUCCUCGGAAGCCCUAAUUUGCUUCUACAGCUUCGCCACUGAUCCUCCGGUAGUCUCCUCGAUUGAGCUCUUUGCCGCCGAUCCAGCCUCCUAUGACGCCGCCGCAAUCGGUAAAAACGACAGCGUCUUAGUCAACUAUGGUAGACUCUCCUGCGGCUCCAAGCAGUGGGGGCCGGGAUUCUCCAACGACUCCGACCGGUUCGGCCGGUCGUGGCAGUCCGAUUCGGACUUUCGAACCGGCCGGAGCAAGGUCCGCGCCAUGUCGACGCGGAGUCGCAUCAGCGGGACCGAACAGAAGCCGAAUUACUUCCCGGAGAAGCUGUACCAGACUGCGGCGACGGCGGAGGAGGGCGGUGGUGUUCUGGAGUACGAAUUGAGCGUGGACGCGAAGCUUGAUUACUUGGUGUGGCUUCAUUUUGCAGAAAUUGAAGAGAGGGUGAGAAGGGUGGGAGAAAGAGUGUUUGAUGUGUAUAUCAACGAUGAUAAUUUAACUAGGGUUGAUAUAUACAAGCAAGUUGGGGGUUUUGCUGCGUUUACAUGGCAUCACACUGUGAAGAAUUUGAGUAGCAGCGUGUUGAGUGUGAAGCUCGUGGGUGUGGUGGGUGCGCCUCUGAUUUGUGGGAUUGAGAAUUACGCUUUGGUGCCGAGUGAUCCUUCCACUGUUCCGGAACAAGUGGUUGCCAUGAAAGCAUUGAAAGAUUCGCUGCGGGUACCCGAAAGAAUGGGUUGGAAUGGUGAUCCUUGUGCUCCUACUAAUUGGGAUGCUUGGGAGGGAGUUACCUGCCGUACGAGUAAGAAUAAUACUGCUCUGGUGAUCAGUCAAAUUGAUUUGGGCAGUCAAGGCUUGAAAGGGUCCAUAAGUGAUCAAAUUAGUCUUUUGUCAGAUUUGGUAAGCCUGAAUUUGAGUUCUAAUUUGUUGGUGGGUGAAAUACCUUCUGGACUUGGUCAAAAAUCCUUGAUACACCUGGACUUGUCCAACAAUCAGUUAACAGGCCCCAUACCAGAUAGUAUGGCCUCUUCAAGUUUGCAGCUUGUGCUAUUGAAUGCUAACUUAUUGGAAGGACGAGUACCAGAGCAACUUUAUUCAAUUGGUGUGCAUGGUGGAGCUAUCGAUCUCUCUGGAAACAAAGGUUUGUGUGGUGUACCAUCUCUGCCAGAUUGUCCUAUGUUUUGGGAGAAUGGAAAACUAUCUACUCAGGGUAAAAUUGCAAUAGGCUUGUCCUGUCUCUUUGUUUUCUGUGUGAUACUGCUGCUGGUCUAUAUUUACAUUAGGAGAAGAAGGAAUGACUAUGACUUUGCUCUACCUCAUGAAUUAACAUCAUUAGCCACCAAGAGAAACCGGUAUCAAAGGCAGAAAUCCUUAAUGGUUCUUGAGAUGGAGAGUCAACACGCCAAGGGACUACCUUCACAUUUUACUACACAAUAACCAUUUUUCUUAAUGGAAAUGGAAUACUGAUUUUCAUAGUUUUUGGCCAAACAUACAACGACACAGCUUAUUGAAAGGGUUUGAAUGUGUUGCAGCAUCAAAUGAUGGAACAACACUGCAGCUUUUUUAGAAAAGAAAUGGCUUUUCUCGUACAACUUUCUUUGUCUCGUCAAGGUUUUUGGAAGCCACUUAUUGUACCAUGCAUGCUCCCCUCUGUGUCACAUUGUUUCUUGACCCACGAAAAAAAAGCAUAUACCCUGUUAUGUCAAUACUUAGCCGCAACUUUUGCUGAAUAUGUGAUAGGUACAACCCAUUAAUUUAUGAAAUUUGAGUCACAAAUUAGUGUACAUUUUUUCGUGGCACAGAGUCUGAUUGACACUAACAUUGUAGACCGAUCUAUGUAGCAAAAGACAAGUGAUUGAACUUUACUGUACAUUGUAUUUCGAGCAUCUUCUUUCUAUUCAGACUUGAGAGGUUUGUAACUUGAGCACCAAAAUAUUUUUGUAUAUCAAUUUUCUUUUAUGCUAUAUAAACCUUUAGUGACAAAUACCAAUAGUUUCGAAA